CGCAAUGACGUUAUGCGUCAAGAAAAAAAUAAUAAUCAUGGCGGACGCAGAAGACGUCGCUCCGGUGUAUUUCGCCGUCAGUAACAUUCCUGCAGCUUUCCGCUCAGCAGACCUGAGAAAUUACUUCAGUCAGUUCAUAGAGAGCGGCGCUUUUCACUGUUUUCACUACCGACACCGACCGGAGGUCCUCAGGGAGUCCGAGGAGCCCGAAAACACGGCGGGUGGUGACGGCGACGAGGGCAGCUCCAACGAGACAGACGGGGGGACAGAAAGCAGCUCCGUGAAGAAGCAGACUGCCAAGUCCUGCUGCUGCGUCGUCUCAGUUCACGCCAAAGACGCGGAGAGAUUCGUCCGGAUGUAUGCGGGGAAUCACUGGAUUAACUCGAAGGGGAACUGGCUGUCCAGGCGCUGCGUUGUUAAAAAAGUCAAAGUUUCAAAUGACAAAGAUGACGGGUCAUUCCCGUAUAAAACAAAGUACGAGCAGCGUCACCGGGUGUCCUUAACGGAGUGCUUCACAGAGGCUGAUCUCAAAAGUUUAUCCGAGCUGAAUCCACCUGCUCUGAUGCAGAAUGGGAAUGUCGGCACGCCGGUGAAAGUUUUCCUACAGCUCAUCCAGUCCUGCCGAUUGCCUCCGCGCCUCAUCCGGAAGUUGGGCCUCACUUUCCCCAAGACCAGUUCCAACCGCCGUUACGGCAAUGUACCUUUCCAGUAUAAGAACACUCGGAUACUUCCAGCCACGGAGGAGACUGUAUUUACAGCUGCUGGACAUAUAAUAUCAGGACCGGGCUCUUUUACUGCUCCACCCUCAAGAAAGAGACAGUUAGCUGAUCACAGAGAAACAACAGACACUGAUGAGCCACAGGGAGAGCAGGAAGAGGAUGCACAGUCAAACGCAGAUGAUGAUGACGACUGCUGCGAGGAGUGGGAGCGCCAUGAGGCUUUGCACGAGGAUGUUACAAGCCAGGAGCGAAGCAAAGAGCGGCUGUAUGAGGAGGAGAUCGAGCUGAAGUGGGAGAAGGGCGGCUCAGGCCUCGUGUUCUACACUGAUGCUCAGUACUGGCAGGAGGAAGAAGGAGAUUUUGACGAACAAACGGCAGACGACUGGGAUGUUGACAUGAGUGUAUACUACGAUAAAGAUGGAGGUGACAUGGAUGCCCGGGAUUAUGUCCGAAUGCGUUAUGAAAAAAGGCUGAGGGACGGUCUUGAAGAUAGAUCUGGACACAGUCAGACUAUUGGCAGCUUUGAACGGUUCACUAAGGGCUUUGGUCGUCGUGUGAUGGAAAAGCAGGGAUGGAAGGAUGGUGAAGGGUUGGGACACAGUCAGGUUGGAAUUUCUGAAGCUCUUGAGAGUGAGGGCCAACAUCCUAACUGCAAAAGAGGCUUUGGGUAUCAUGGAGAGAAAUUGCUCUUACAUUCUGUAAAAAAGGCCAAACCAGAUUUUCACAUAUCUACAGUGUAUGAUAAACCUAAAAACAUCGACGAGGGCGACACGUUGCUGAGACGUCAACCAAACACGAGUAUGAAGUACAGAGGCUGGCAGCCAGGUGGCACCAUUGGACCACGAAGAUGACAUUUAUUAAAUUAUUACUGUUUUAUAGAAUUUUUACUUUCCUGUUUGACUGUGGUAUUAAAAUAUGUUUUUUAAAACUUCCA